CGGGUGUAUGUAGUCAUAUGCUUAUAGUUAAACUGGUUCAGUCAUAUCGUAUCGUGUAUCAAAGUAUUCAGUUGAAAAGUGAGUUUCAGUAACCUGGUGAAUUUGCGAGACAAAAUUUGGUAAGGGUUAUGGGACGCAGAUGUGGGAGAAAAUGGCACGUGUGCCAUUCAAUUGUAUUGUGGACUUCGAUGUCUUCACGCUUUCCAACACGUAAUGCUUCGGUUCUAAAAGCGAAAUGAUUUUCAGUGGUAACAAUAGGAGCUUUCCCCUUUGGUCAUUCCAUACCAUUAAAUCAUACCAUUAAGUACAGCGCUAACUGUCCGGAGAUGGGCAAUCAGUGGAACCGAAUGUGACGCGAACACGCGGGACAGAAUUUGCUUGUGUCCCUCUGUCUCCCUCAUCCGCUUCCCUGGUAGCGUGUAAUUAUUAAUUACGUCAUUAAUUACGUAUAUCAUUCGUAAGAGGGAUUCCGAAGGACCCUAGAAAGUUUUGUACCGCGUGUAUUUUAUGGUUACACCAGGACGUCAUUAUGGGAAUCCGAAAUGGGAGAAGAGCAAGAAGAAAGCGGAGGAGACGGUACUGCCAUCAGAACAUCGUUCAAGCUGUGAGUCUGUGCCAUGAAUCACAGUAUGUGGAACUGAGGAAGUGGCUCAAGGAGGGAGGGUUCAACUCCAAAUCGUUGAUCCCAGCACUUUUCUCAGACACUGGGAGAGGACUCAUGACCACAAAGUCUAUUCAGGCUGGUGAUCUACUCAUUUCCCUACCUGAGAACUGUCUGUUGACUACUGCAAGUGUCCUCAGUAGCUACAUGGGAGAGUAUGUCAAGAGAUGGAAGCCCUCUGUCUCUCCUCUACUGGCCCUUUGUGCCUUCCUCAUCUCUGAGAGGCACUUGGCGAUGGGGUCACAGUGGAAGCCCUAUGUCGACGUGCUGCCCAAAACCUACACGUGCCCCGUGUACUUCCCUGAUGACGUCAUCAGCCUCCUGCCCAGAGGUCUCAGGAGGAAGGCCCUGGAUCAGAGAGAUGAGGUCGCAAAGCUGCACUCGUCGUCUUUGGGCUUUUUCAGAUCUCUCCAGCCCCUCUUCAGACAGCCUGUGGAGAGCAUUUUCACCCAUGAUGCUUUGCGCUGGGCGUGGUGCAGUGUCAACACUCGGACCGUGUACAUGGAGCACCCGCAGAGCCCCCACCUCUCCAGGGAGCGGGACGUAUAUGCACUGGCACCUUACCUUGACCUCCUCAACCACUGUCCUGAAGUGCAGGUGGAGGCAGGUUUCAGCCAGGUGACCAGGUGCUAUGAGAUUCGGAGUGUGCAAGGCUGCAAGAAGUACCAGCAGGCCUUUAUCUGCUACGGUCCCCACGACAACCAGCGGCUCCUCCUGGAGUACGGCUUUGUCGCCCCCGACAACCCCCACAGCGUCGUCUAUGUGGAUCCAGGUGACCUGCAGGUGUGCCUCUCUGGAGCAGACAAGCAGUUUGCACAGAAACUGCUUUUCCUGAAGCAGCAUGACUUUCUAGUAAACUUGACCUUUGGGCCAGAAGGGCCUUCCUGGAGGUUGAUGACCGUACUCAGACUAUUGUCCCUUCAGCCAGACCAGUAUUCGUGCUGGAAGAGUGUCCUCUUGGGGGCAGCAGUGAGUCAGGACAAGGAGGAGAGGAGCCUUCACUUGGCCCAGACGUUGUGUCAGUACCUCUGGGAUGAGAACGCUACAGCUCUGCAGAGUGUAUCUCUCUUGAAGGAGGGUGCAGGGGCAUCUACCAGGGAACAGCUUGCUGUGGUAGAAUGCCUCAGACUCGAAGCACAGGGCAUUCUGGGACAUUCACAGGAAUUGCUGAGGAAUCCUCAGAGGUGACCAAUCUGGGUAAAAGAUGCUGCCCUGCCAGUGCAGGAAUAUAAGGAAUGAGGCUGGUUUUAAGCUGACUCGAGACCCAGAAAUCAGGGUUGGAUCCAACCCUGUAUCAAAAAGUAUAGCAGUCCACUGUGGGGUCAGUAGCUUAGUCCACCUGGGUUAUGUGCCAAGCGGAGUCAGUGGGAUGCUUUGUAGUGUCCAAUGCAAAGUUGACACUGUCAUCUGGUCCAGCUGUCAAAUACUGUUAUCCCUGGAAUUGAGACGGGCCAUUUUCUUAGAGAGGUUGCUGGAUGCUUCUCGUUUAACAUCAGCCAUUAACCAGGAUCAUUGUGGCACUUCUGUGCUGAUCCCUCUGUUAGCAGACA